GGCUUAUGGGCUAUCUGCGCUUCCUGGUGGAGUGUGUCUGCCCGGACGACCCCGCCACAUAUUUUGAUGAACGGGCUCUUUGGAGUGAAAGAACAAGCCAAAACAUUGUAAUUCAUCAGCAUUUCCCCGGUCUAAUCUACAAAAGAGUUCCCGUGCCGAAUGCGGACGUUCCCCGGGAACAUGUCGACAGUCACAACACGGGCCAAACAGUUGCGGCAUUACCUGUUGUUGUCAGUGUGGAAUACCGAUGUGCUUGCUAUCAGUUGGGCAACGCACUACUCUGCAGCCUAGAAGUUAUCCGUUGUACGGCCUGCUGGCUGUUUCUCCUCUUCCCGCUGACGGAAUUCCUUGUACUGGAGUCGCUGCAAUUGCCGACACUGCUAAUUAGCCUGACUGGGUAUUUUCUGUGGAUGUAUCAUCGUCACUUCGAUGGGCCUGAUUGUGGAAGUGAGCUGACCCGCGAGCCUUCGCCCUCGCCCGAAUCCAGCGCGCCAAACGGGCGAAGAAGAUGCCGCUAACAAAACGCAUAACGCAGCAAAGGGUACCCAGUACGGAAACGUUUUGAAACCGUCUCCAGACGAGAAUACCAUUGCGCAACAAAUGGUCCACACCGCCAGUUCAUGAGUCUGGGAGGUAAAGUACUCAUCCGCUAACAUGGCCUGUUUAUACAUCCAAAUGUUAUGUGACGUGCUUUCACAUAUUAU